AUGUUCGACGCUGCAAGCAGGGGCGCUCUUGGGUCCAUGACGUUUCUAUGGAGCGGUACCCAUAUUAGACAAUAUGCUUCACUUGGGGCUGUGGUUACUAUUAUUGCUAUUGGCGUCGGGCCAUUCAUUCAGCAGAUGCCGACAAUUCAAAAUAACUUGGUUCUAUCGAACACCCCUGCAUCAGUGGCUCGGGCGCAAUCAUAUGUACCACCUCUUGACUCCGAUGUUGGAAAUGGCUCUCUACCCGCUCCCAAGUUAAUGGCUGCAGUCUACGGGACUGCCUUUUCCUGCCCCGACACGGACUGUUCAUCAGUUGCGUAUAAUGUCUCUUAUCCUGUGCUGAAGCCUUCGUGCUCAACUGGGGACUGCGAUAUUUCUGAUCUUACGACAGUGGCUCUUUGUGUUGCGUGCGACGAUAUUUCGCAUGUUUUAUCAAGAAAACCGUUUCCAAUGUCUAGCGUAAACUGUUCGGCAGAGUCGAAUUUAUACGACUAUUACUCUCUACCUAAUGGUUUUAAUGCCACAAUUUUUGAUGGCGAUUACACAAAAAAUGGGAAUGGGAAUUCAGAUGCUGCGGUAAUCAAGACAGAUACUGGUCCAUUCCUGGACUUCACUGUUAUAAAGAAAGGAGCCAAUCAGACUACAUCAGAAGGUGUUGCGGAGCUGUGCAAUCUAUACUGGUGCCUGAAAACUAUGUCUGUUAGCAUGGAAACAAACCAACGGAGAGAGGAAACACUGUCAACUCAUCUGGAUUCUGGUGAGCAGUUUGAAAUUGAGCCAUACAGCUACCUAAUGCUCCAAAUGCCCAACAAAACCACACAGGCGUUCACUAUUGUUUCGGACAAUAUUUUCGAAAGGUGGCUUGAGGAGAAAAUCCGGAUUGAUACUUUUGGCAUGAUGGUCUGUCCUACUACUACCAGUGGCGAGGUUGUUCAAACCUUUAACGAAAGCGCCGGCGAGUUUGCCAGUCUUCUGAUUUAG